UUCUAUUUCUCAAAACAAGUCUUUGUGUCCUUACAGUACUCUCUCGACAUUCACGACUCUCUCUUUAUGUACAGUCACUUUCACUUUUAAACCUCACCCAGAUUUUCUCUCCCCCCAAACACCAAUUUUCUCUUCAAUUUGCAGUCCAUUCCAUGGCUGAUAUAGCCAAGUACGUGCCUGUCAAUGGCGGAACAACCGUCGGUACAGACAUUAAGAACUUGUUCUCAGUCAUCAAAACUAGAAGAACUGUGGCUUUGUUCAUGUUUGCCUUUGUCGGUUUCACUCUUCUUUUAGCAUUUUGCCCUUCUUCAAACACUUCUUCUCCCUGGGUUACCAACAUCUUUUCAGCAUCCUCCACUAAUUCUGCUACAAGAUCUCAAUUCUCUUCUCUUUUUGAUUACUUCUUUUCCAACACCUCUUCUUCCCCUCAACAAAGCACUAACUUCACUUCCCCUUCUUCUUCUUCUUCUUCUUCUUCUGGUUCUAAUAAUCAUACCAGAUCUAACAAUGGUUCUACUGAAUUAGGCAACACAGGACAAGAGCUACUUUCUGACACAAACAUCAACGAAAACACAACUUUUGCCCCUUCUAACACAAGUACAAACAACACCCAGAGUUCGGUUUUGCAUGCAAAUCUGACCCAAGCUUCAUCUCCAAGUGUUAAUGAAAACCCACCUAGCACAAGCAACCAAGUUGAGAAGAAAGGGAAUUCUGAGGUUUUGAAGGUUAAUCAGACUACGCCCGUCGUUGGAAAUUCUCCGGCCAAAUCUGAUUCUUCCGACAAAGUAAGUUCAGGGAAGGGAGGGAAAAGUGUAGCUGAAAAAGGAGUGGUGUCUAACAUCACUGCUUCACCGACAAAGAAAAAGAAAGACAAUGGGAGUGGUUCAGAGCUGUCAGCUAAACAGGGGAUUGAGAGUUUGAUGGAAUCUUUAAUGAACUGUGAUUUGUUUGAUGGAGGAUGGGUGAAGGAUAAUUCAUAUCCACUUUACAAACCAGGGUCUUGUUCCUUCAUCGAUGAACAAUUUAGUUGUAUCAUCAAUGGAAGGCCUGAUAAAAGUUACCAGAAAUUGAAGUGGAAGCCUAAAGGCUGCACUUUGCCAAGAUUGAAUGGGGGUCACAUGUUGGAGUUAUUGAGGGGGAAGCGUCUUGUUUUUGUCGGUGACUCACUGAAUAGGAAUAUGUGGGAAUCACUCGUUUGCAUAUUGAAAAAUGCUGCUAAAAAACCAAAAAAUGUUUAUGAAGCUCAUGGAAGAAGCUAUUUUCGAGGGGAAGUUUCUUAUUCAUUCAUAUUCAAAGAUUAUAACUUCACUUUAGAGUUCUUCGUAUCCCCAUUCUUGGUCCGAGAAUGGGAAAUGCCAGACAAAAAUGGAGGGAAGAAGGAGACGUUGCGGCUUGACCUUGUCGGAAAAUCGGCUGAUCAAUAUAAAUCAGCGGAUAUCCUUGUUUUCAACACGGGGCAUUGGUGGACUCAUGAGAAAACUUCCAAAGGGAAAGAUUAUUACCAAGAAGGUAGUCAUGUUUACGAGGAAUUGAAUGUUCUUGAGGCUUUUCGGAAAGCAUUGACAACAUGGUCUAGAUGGAUUGAUGCCAAUGUAAAUCCGAUGAAGACUAUGGUGUUCUUCCGCGGCUAUUCUGCUUCUCAUUUCAGUGGAGGGCAGUGGAAUUCAGGAGGAGCAUGUGAUAACGAAACCAAUCCGAUCAAGAAUGAGAAAUAUCUAACGCCAUAUCCGUCAAAGAUGUUGGUGUUAGAAUUGGUGCUAAAGGGGAUGAAAACGCAUGUCACCUACCUAAACAUUACUCGACUAACCGAUUUCCGAAAGGACGGUCACCCAUCAAUCUACCGGAAACACCCGAAGCAAAAAUUGUCGGAGGAUGAAAGGAAAGAACCUCUAAAAUACCAGGACUGCAGCCAUUGGUGCCUUCCGGGUGUACCGGAUUCGUGGAAUGAGCUUCUCUACGCGGAGCUCCUUGUAAAAGAAAGCAAGAUGAGGCAACAUCAAAGGAGAGCUAGGUAAAAUAUAUAGAUCAUACAAACUUAGAUUUUUUUUUGGUUUGAAGUUUUGAAAUUGUAGGAACAAAGAAAAGAGCAAGUAAAGAUGGAAAGAUUUUUCUAAGCUUCAAAUUUUCUUUGAGGAUUGUAAUUAUUCCAAUAAAUGAAGCUCUAUGAUUCAUGAUUGUAA